UACAUUCAAGGUAUACAAAUAACCUUCAAAUUUUUAAAACCGGCAAAUUUUAGUCAGAAACCAAAUUUUAAGUUUAUCUACAACUAAUGUAACACCCACUUACUCUAACAUAUUAUAGUAAAAUAUUACCGAAUAAUAAGAUUUAAAAUGGACAUUGAAGCUGAGGUAGACAAGCGAAGACGAAUGUCUUGUGGCGUUUUUAUGAGUUGCCCACCAUCAAUUAAAAGUGCCCUGGAUAUGUGCUUUCAAUCGGGGUAUCACUUCAUCGUUACCCAAAUUAUUCAUCCAAACUAUGCGAGGGAUCUGUUGUCUGGAGGAUACUUUCCUGUUAUUGGAAGAACUGAUAGAGUGCUUAAAAGUACAGAUUGGAAUAGAUUGAUCGUAGCUGAAAUUGGGAUGGACAAACUAGACGUAGAAAGUGAAGUUGAGCACAUAAGGGAUCAGAGUAAAGCACUAUUACAGCAGGAACUGAAUUUUGCUUCCCACUUAGGUGUACCAGCAAUCUUGAUAAAUCUCCAUAAACCCACAAAUACUCAGCUAGCAAGAAUCAUUAAUGAGAAAUUAGUUGGCCCUGUAAACUAUUCUGUGUGGAUAAAUGUUCCAAUGGUACAUCCAUCACAGUAUAGUCCCCUAGCUGAAGAGAGGCAUGAUUCUUGGCAAUGGUGGAAUAGUUUUAGAACUUACUGCAGUUAUGACAAGCGAGUUGGUGUUGUGUUGGAAAUGCCUGAUAUUGAACACUUACCAACUCCUAAAGAAGUUGACAGAUGGAUUGGGGAACCUGUUAGAGCUUUAAUCAUUCCAACUUCAUUGUUUCUUAUGAAUCAAUACCACAAGCCAGUUUUGUCUAAGUCCCAUCAGGAGCUGAUCAAAAAAUUUAUGACAAUUGAUGUACAGUACAUUAUUAAAGCAGAUACUGAGGUAGAUUUGGGGAGCUUCCAAGGCUACAUGAAUUUCUUGGGAAAGAAAUUGUUUACUUGCAGUUUAAAUUCAGAUUUUAUUCAGGGCUGUGAAGAUUACCUUCAGAAUCCUCUCCAACCACUGACAGAGCACCUAGAAACCACGAUCUACGAAGUGUUCGAAAAGGACCAAAUAAAAUACGACACCUAUCAAAAAGCAGUAUGCAAAGCCUUAGAAGAUUGGCCCAAAGAAGGUUCAGUUCCAGUAAUCAUGGUAGUGGGUGCUGGCAGAGGCCCCUUAGUUCAAGCAGUCUUGAAUGUUAGUUACAUGCUACAAAGGAAGGUAAAGGUGUAUGCUGUAGAAAAGAAUCCUUAUGCAGUUAAUACGUUAAUAGACAGAGUUAACAAUGAGUGGAUGAAUCAAGUCACAUUGGUUAGUGGUGAUAUGAGAACUUAUGAGCCACCUGAGAAAGCUGAUAUUUUGGUUUCAGAAUUAUUAGGAUCAUUUGGUGAUAAUGAACUGUCACCAGAAUGUUUAGAUGGUGCUCAGAGGUUCCUAAAAAUAGGUGGAAUAUCAAUUCCACAAUCUUACACAUCUUAUAUUGCUCCUAUUCAAAGUAUCAAAAUAUACAAUGAAGUUAGAAAUACCAGAAUGGCUGAUAAAUCACUUUUGUCUCUAUAUGAAACUCCUUAUGUAGUGCAUCUGUUAAAUUGCUAUCAAAUUGCACCCCCUAAGGAGUUGUUUACUUUUGUCCAUCCAAAUUACAGUGCCAGGAUUAAUAACCAAAGAUAUAAAAAGUUAUCUUUCACCUGUAGUCAAGAUUCAAUUUUGACUGCCUUUUCUGGAUUUUUUGACACAGUGCUCUAUAAGGAUGUUAAUUUAAGUAUACAUCCUGAGACGCAUUCCCCCAAUAUGGUCAGUUGGUUCCCAAUUGUCUUUCCUCUCCCGGAACCUAUACAUGUGAAGGCGGGUGACAAAAUUGAAAUAUCUUUCUGGAGGGCAGAGUCUUCUGAGAAAGUGUGGUAUGAAUGGUGUUUGGAAUCUCCAGUAAAAGGAAGUAUAAUGAACCCCAGUGGAAGAUCUUAUUCUAUUAAAAAACAUUAACUGAAUAAUUUGUAUUUUUAUUUUUUGAAUAAAACAAUGUUGAUUCAUAA